ACGCUUCUCGUAAAUCAAAGCGCCAGCUAGCGUUUAAAUGACAAACUUCACUUCGGUGGAGAUACAGGAAAAAAAAACCGUUAUUAUGAUAAACGGAAGAAUUCAACUACAAAGCGGCGUUUGGUCCCAAUUAGUUUGCGUGCCAGCGUGAUUUUCUUUGAAUUUCCGGCUUCUUGGUUUCCGGUCUGGGAGAGUGCACUGGUGCAUCACUUAGGUUAGUGCUCUGCGAAACGACCAACGCAUGGAUCCAGAACUUUCUCAUCUAAUACAUUCUUCUGGGCAAAUGAGAUCCAAGGACCAUGAUCUUAAGAGCUUUCCUAUACCCACUCCAAGGAAUUUUUCUGUGUCCAAAGGGAAACGUCUCGAUCAGUUUGACUGCCCAGUUACCUUUCAAGAAGUUAGUGACAGGCCUGCUUCCCCCAGUACCUCUGUCCAUCAGACAUCAUGCAUCCCCGAAGCAAGCGAGCUGAACUUAUCAUCCCUGGCAAAAGAGCUUGAUUAUGUGAGACAAACCAACAAAAAGCUGCAGGAUGCCCUGAUGAACAGAGAAAGAGAGCUGGAAACACUAAGACUGGAUACGGAGAUACGGGAGCAAGCAGCCCAGGCCACGAUUGCUGAGAAGACUACAGCUCUGGUAGAAGAGGUGUACCGUGCACAGCGUGAGAGAGAUGAGGCGCUAAUGGCACGACUCAGAUUGGCCAAUGAAGAACGUGAUGAAGCUCUUCUACGAGUGCAGAGUCUUCAGUUGUACCUAAAAGAGCUGGAAGAUCUAAAUCCUGAAGAAAGCGACAUGACACUGCAGCAGCUAUUGGCCCAGUUGGGAGAAGCAGAAGGAGGUGCUGCAAUUCAGCAAAAUGGAGCACUUAUACUAGAGCGGAUUCGGCAAAGUCAAGAGAGAAGAGAACAUAUCACAACUGAAGAAAUGGGAGCCGUCAUCCAGGAAAGGGAUGCUGCUCGCGCUCAGUGCAAACAGCUGGAGAAGGAGCUUCAUCUGCUGCAAGAGAGUAAACAGACCUCCAUGGAUAUUGUAACUGCAGGGAAGAGUAUAGAGCCUUCGUCAAAGGUUGCACUGACCUUUCUCCAGCAAGAUAAGGAUAAGGUGAAUGAAAACUAUAAAAAGCUUGAGGAAGAGCUGGAGACCCUGCGUGUGUAUUACAGCCUACAUCAGUCCUUGUCCCAAGAAGCCGAUUUGAAAGAGCAGUUCUCCAGAUCAGUAUCUCUCUAUGAAGAAGCCUUAAGAAACAGAGAGGAGGCUCUUAGCAUUACCCAGAGGCAAAACCAGGAACUUUGCCUUCAGCUGCAACAAGCGCAGAACCAGUGUGCAGAACUGCAGGGAUCAAUGAGAAGGGGAACUGCCGGCCAACAGGAAUCAGAGGAAAAGAUCCACAAAUUGGAACGACUGGUGGAAGUACUGAGGAAAAAAGUCGGAGGCGGAAAUGUCCGGACUGUGGUUUGAACUUCACGACUAGGAGAGAACACCGGUACAUCUGUUGGCCAGACGCUGAGCUCUGUGUGAGACAAGUAAACAUCUCCACUUGAAACAAUCAAGGGCCCAGGUGGAGACAGAGCUGGAAUUGGUGGGAAAACAAAGAGAGGGGUUAAACAGAACUUUGUCUGACCCUAACGACUCUGAACUGUUUGCCCACUCCCUUUAUCCCCCACCCCACACUGUGUCCUUCGUCUAUGGGAAUGUUAAAUGCCAUGAUGGAUCAGUCUUAUCUACAGAACCUUUCUCAUUUUAUUUUGGAAUGUCCAUAUAUCUCAAGUGGACAUAAACAGAGCCAUAACGUUUCUCCACACUGCCCAUUUAUAUCCUUGAAUUGUUUUGAUCAACAAUUUACUUAGCUCAGACAUUAUUGGAAUGUUUUUUAAUUAUUUAUUAUCAUUAUAUCAUUUCGCUGCAUAUAUAUAUAUAUAUAUAUAUAUAU